AUGCUCGCAGCGCGCUGCUGGCGGGUCUUGUCCCGCUGGAGGGGACCGCGCGGGUUCAGGGCGGGUUACACACCCAGCUCGGUGACCAGAAGGGCUCCAGACACCCGGCCAGCCCAUUAUGUGGCUGGGCACGGCCCACUGCAUACCUCUUCCCAGCGGUACAGUGACCCUAAUCUGGGCGGUGCCCCGGCCACCCACUACCAGCUCAUCUACACCUGCCGGGUUUGCUCGACGAGGUCCAUGAAGAAAAUCUCGAAGUUGGCGUAUCACAAUGGAGUGGUAAUUGUGACGUGUCCCGGGUGCAAAAACCACCACAUCAUCGCUGACAACUUGGGCUGGUUCUCCGACCUGGAAGGGAAAAGGAAUAUUGAAGAAAUCUUAGCAGCCAAGGGGGAAAAGGUUAAUCGUGUUGUGGGCGAAGACGCCCUGGAGCUGCUGCUUGAGAGCAGUACACGAGGAGAAGCUUCAGAUCAGCCAGAAGACCACAACAAACUGGCCUCUUCCUCAAGCCCAGAAGAUAAGUCUGUCUCGUGAUGCAGUUGAU